GCGUGUUGGGAAAGUGGGUGUCGCUGUGCACGCUGCUGGAGGAGCUUCAGAGCGAUGUGUCGAGGACUUUAAACACACUGUGUCAUACAGUGGUGAACGGAGGGAGAUCGCGGAGUACUGGAUCGUGUACUGCAACACUUCUGAUGCAAUGAGUCCGACCGUUCCCAUCCUGAUCCAAAGUGUCUGACGAUUCACUUUCCGCGCGCGAUGCACUGAUUGCCGUGUGUUUAUGGAGACACCCUAAAAAAAGCAGUCAACCGGGAAAUGGUAACACAUGAACCUCCUCACUGGAAGGAACAUGGUUGAGAGGAGCAGUAAAUUUCUGUUCAUCGUUGUCGGCUCGGUUCUGUUCAUGCUGAUUUUGUAUCAGUACGUGGCUCCGGGGAUGAUGAACUUCGGCUCUCCGCACGGGUACAUGCUGGAAGACGAUGCGGAUCUCUUCCCGACUCCUGAUCCACAUUACGUGAAGAAAUACUAUUUCCCCAUCAGGGAUCUGGAGCGGACUGUGGAUUUUGAAAUCAAAGGGGAAGAUGUGAUCGUGUUCCUCCACAUCCAGAAGACCGGCGGCACCACUUUCGGGAGGCACCUGGUCCAGAAUGUCAGGUUGGAGGUUCCGUGCGACUGUAGACCGGGACAGAAAAAGUGUACCUGUUACCGACCCAAUAGGAAAGAGACCUGGCUCUUCUCUCGGUUCUCCACCGGAUGGAGUUGUGGCUUACACGCGGACUGGACCGAACUAACCAACUGCGUACCCGGGGUUUUGAACAAAAAGGAGAACAGGAUGAAAAACCAAAGGAAGUUCUACUACAUUACCCUGUUACGGGACCCCGUGUCUCGGUACCUAAGCGAGUGGAGACACGUCCAGCGCGGGGCCACGUGGAAAACCUCCCUGCACAUGUGCGACGGGCGAACGCCAACACCAGAGGAGCUGCCCCCCUGCUACGAGGGCACCGAUUGGUCGGGCUGCACAUUACAACAGUUCAUGGACUGUCCGUACAACCUGGCGAAUAACCGACAGGUGCGCAUGCUGGCCGACCUCAGCCUGGUGGGCUGCUACAACAUGUCAUUUAUCCCGGAGAAGAAGCGCGCGCAGGUGCUACUCGAGUCGGCCAAGAAGAACCUACGAGACAUGGCCUUCUUCGGCUUGACCGAAUUCCAGCGCAAAACGCAGUACUUGUUCGAACGGACCUUCCGCCUCAAGUUCAUCCGGCCCUUCAUGCAGUAUAACAGCACGCGGGCCGCCGGUGUGGACCUGGACAACGACACGGUGCAGCGGAUCGAGGAGCUCAACGACCUGGACAUGCAGUUGUACGACUACGCCAGGGAUCUUUUUCAGCAGCGCUACAUGUACAAGCGACAACUCGAGCGAAGAGAGCAGCGCCUAAAGAACCACCCCUCCCUCUUCCCCUUUCGUCGCGGGUCCAGCUCCGAUCCUGCUUUCAGGGAUGACGUGCCGGAGGCCGAGGCAUCCCGAUUACCCACGGAGGACUACAUGAAUCACAUCAUCAACCGCUGGUAGCAGUGCUGGGGGGAGGGGGACGGAAAAUACAGGUUGACGAGGAGGAAAAGGCUGCGAUCCCCAGGUCAAAUCAAGCGGGAGAGGAGCACGGCAAACGAGAAAGAGACAGAACUUUAGCACCACCAUCAAAUACGGCCCUCCCCCCUUCUGUUGUGCUCCAGGAUAUCCUGCGGACGUCUCUGAGAAGAAGGACUAAAAAUGCGGGAUUCUCUUCAUCGCUACUGCGAAGACUUUGCGUGUCAGGUCAGAAAUGACUGACUAACUUAAAGCACUGAGCCUGAACUUAAAACUAAGAGGUGAAGACUUCUACAGGCACAUUCACCCAUAAAAGGGAGAAGAAAACAUACAUAAAAAUUAUCGGAAUUAUAUUCACUGCAGAUUUUAAAAGAAUGAAUCGAAUGAAAUUGUAUAGAGGUAUUUGCUUAAAUGUCUGCCACCAUUUCAGCCAUGAAUUUGUGA